CGUCAUCACCCACAGCCCCUCCAUGUUUGUGAAGAACUACUCUAGUUUGUAAAAUUUGCCCAAACUUGAUUCUUCGGUUAUGAUUUGGCGUUUGAGACGGUAUUGGCAAAGAAGGCUUGCGUUUUGAACCGUUUGGCUUUUCUCUACUCGCCCCGGAUAUCCGUGGUGCUUCGGCAAUUUGUGAGGGAGUGUAUGUGAGUCACUUCAAUGUCGCACAGCGGAGGACGUUUAACAGUUCAAAAGUGCAGCCCACACUUUCAUCCCCCGGUUGGCUGCCAGUUCAUCGGUGAGUUGCGCCCUCUUUUGCAUGAGCGGGGCCGAGGCGAGAGGACAGCGGCGAGGGGUCGCGGCGAGGAAUCCGCCAGCAGCUGAGCCGGCCGGGCGUCAGGAUGAGGAUGCCCCGAGGAGGACGCCUGUUUCUGGCGAUGUGCCUGGGCUCGCUCGUUGUCCUGGUGCUUUACUACCAGAGUAUCGGUAAGCUCGCGUGCGUGGAACAGUGGAAUGACUGGUUAGAGCAUCUGCCUCAAACCUCUGAGGACCGCGGUUCAAAUCCCAGUACCGCCUGUGUGCAGUUUUCAUGUUCUCCCUGAGCCUGGAACCCAGUGCUGGGACAAGCAACAGACUGGAGAAAAGCAGGAGAAGUACACUGCAGACACUCUAUAAUGGAGACCAGCAGCUGCAGCUGUUGGCUGAUCAGAAGUUGCUUCAAGGUCGCAGGGAGCUGCUGGAGCAGGCGUGUUCGAGUCAUGCAAAGAAGCGGCGGGUGCUUUCUCCAGAAGAUCUCAAACACCUCAUUGUGGACGACAAACACAGCCUCAUUUACUGCUACGUACCCAAGGUGGCCUGCACCAAUUGGAAGCGGGUCCUCAUGGUCCUCACUAGCGACGGCCGCUACACUGAACCCCUCGCCAUCCCCGCCAAUGAGGCCCACGUAGCGGGCAACCUGCGCACUCUGUCUGAGUUCUCGGUCCCCGAGAUCAACCGCCGCCUCCGCAGUUACCUCAAGUUCGUUUUCGUGAGGGAACCUUUUGAGCGCCUGGUGUCGGCCUACCGUAACAAAUUCACGCUCAGCUACAACACAGCUUUCCACAAACGCUACGGAACCAAGAUCAUCCGCCGGCACCGGACGCAGCCCGACCCGGAGGCUCUGAAGAAAGGGAACGACGUGACUUUCCAGGAGUUUGUUCAGUAUCUCGUAGACCCUCGGACCCAACGUGAAGAACCUUUCAAUGAGCACUGGGAGAGGGUGCAGUACCUCUGCCACCCGUGUCUGAUCCACUACGACGUGGUAGGUAAGUAUGAGACGCUGGAGCCGGAUGCCCGCGCUGUGCUCUCGUUGGCGGGGGUGGAGGACACACUUCAGUUCCCGAUGUCCGGCAAAAGCACCAGGACAGACGGCAACAUGGCGGCGCGCUACUUCAAGCACAUUAGUCCCUUUUACCAGAAGCGACUGUUCAACCUCUAUCGUAUGGACUUCCUACUCUUCAACUACUCCACACCAGAGUAUCUGAGAACUUGAUCAGAUGGGCUUGAUCUUAUGAUUCAGACUCAAUUGUUUCAUGAUGGUGAAUUUGCACUUUUUCAGCACUGUGGACUGAGAAGUUUCCUUCGCCUUGCUGUUCGAUGAGCGAAUGCAGAGGAUUUAUUCAUUUUCUACUUAAAUUUAUUUUGUCCUCGGGCUGGGCGAUACGGCCUUGAAAUGGAAAACACACGAUUUGCCCCAUCUCCCCAAAACAAAAUGUGAUUUCCGAUUUGGAUCCACCAAUAAAAAGCAAAUUAUAAAUAACAUCUUUCAAAACUUGGGAGAAAGUGGAUUACUAAACACAAACCUGAAUAAAUUUUAAUCAAACACCAGUAAAUUCAUUAAAUAAAAUCCCUUUGAGAUUAUGUAACUCUGAACAUGUCACAGAUAAAAGGUUCUGCUUUCAAACAAAAUUAACCUUCGUCCCUGAAAAUGUAAACAAAACCCUGCAUAGAGUACAAGUAUCUGGCAGGUUGGUUACUGACUUUUAAUAAAUGUUUUUUUGACAAGGAAAAUAAGCCUGUCCACAACAUGAGUGACUGUUACAAUGUCACCUCGACACUGAAAACCUCUCUGAGGGAAUACUUGGAGAUGGAGAAGUAUUUCUAGCCUGUAUUAUACAGCUGUGAGAAGUCCGUUUCCUGUUGCUGUAAUCUUUGGUGAACUUCAGCUUGUUUUUAUUGUGAAGUCACACCAGCGGAAGUACAGACGGGUGAUACACUGUAACUUGAUUGGAAAAGGCCCCCAUGAAGUGAGCGAUGCAUUUAGAUAAGGUCGAGUACAGAUUGUACUGUAUGCACUAAAAGCACAACAGCUGUGUCCACCAUUGAAGUGGAUCACUGUAAGGAUAAAUGAUCUUCAUCUUUGCAGCAUAUUAACAAGCACCGUCUUUUUUAAUCUUCAACGCAAAUGACUAGCGGACUUUCACUGUGAAAUAAUUCCAAGUAAACUCUUGCUUUUUAGUGGGAUUUUUCCCUUAAUAUUUCCUUUGGUUUCAACAAUCUUUAAGAACUCUGUUGUUAAUUGUCUUCCGCUGUAAUUCUAAAUGACUGAAAAAACGAUGAUGACUCUUUAGUAAACUAGUUCCUCUCUGUUUGCGGUCAUAUCUUCAAUGAAAAUACUGUGCAUCAACGGGCAACAGAAGCUGGGAAGGGGAAGGGAAUUUUUUUGUGGGGUUGGGUAGAGACAAUUCGACACCCUCAAAGAGAACAACAUCAAUUAAAACGAUGAUUCGCCUAGCGCUACUUUGUAGGUGAAGCUGUAUGGCUUUUUUAACAUGGCUCAAGAUGAGGACCAAUGAGUGAAGCCUUUUGAGGAGCAGGUUCUCCUACUAUAUGGAGGUACUGACUGUGAACACAGGCAUUUAUUUCAAAGCACCUCUCACGUCUGGAAAAAAAAAACAUACAUUAGUAUUUAUUGUUGUACAGAUACUUGUGCUAGGGGUGGGAAAUAUGCAAUCUGAUAUUGCAAUAUUUUGCUAACUGGAGCAACUAUAUCACAUUACAGGGAUUGUGUGAUGAGGUCACUGGAUGAAAACAGUCUAUGAUAUUUCAGAAUAUCUUUGUAAUUGAAGGAGGGAAAGGUAAUACUGUAGUCUUGAAUUUUAAGAAAUUACAUUUGUGGUAUGCAUGUUUAUCGAUCAAUCAAAUUUGCCAGUUGUGUGAAACUGUUGAUCAAUUGUGACUGGCCACCAGCAGAAGCACUCUUGAUUAAUUCUCUGAGUAUACUAGUAUAAAGAACAAAAAGAAGUAGAGCUACUCCUCUAUGCUCAAUACGUAUCAGGAGUUCAAAACAUUCUAAGAUUCUCCUAUCCCUUUAAACAAGUCACAGUGGCACUGUACAUACUUGGACACCAGAUAGUGUCGAUACUGGUGUACCCUGAGAGAGGACUGCAUUAUUGAUAUUUUGUUCCACCCCUAUCAUCAAUAAACUUUGGGUGUCGGGUUUUAGUGAAAGUGGUUUCGUGACAAAGCAGAUUCUUUGAUUUUUGCACAUGAACUGAUGCCAAAUAAAAAUGCCAACUUUGUUGAGAAAGCA